ACUUGUUUACCAUUAAUUAAUGAAUGAAUUUUGGUUUGUUCAUUGAUUUUUCUUCGUGUGAAAUUUUGAUUUGUUUUUGGCUUAAAUAUUUUGACAUCAUGAUGUUUGAUUAAACGAAAAUUUCUAUGUUGUGAUGGUGAAAUCAAAUCACUCUUUAUAUAAAAACAACAGAAAAAUGUCGAUCAACAAUUUAAUGUUGUUGACAAAGUUAUUCAAUUUUUUUUUUUUGGUUUCAAAGAUUCGCGAAUGAUCAACGAGUAAAAACCAAACAGCAAAAUGAAUUCGAUCAAGAAUUAUCGAUUAUCAUCAUCAUCGAUGAUGAUAAUCGAUUUAAAACGAAUAGAAAUUGCUUUGCUACGUAUGCCCGGCCUGUUUUUAAUUGAUAAUUAUUUUAAAUAUUUUCAUUAUAAUUGGUCAAUAAGACAUCGUCAUCAUUGGAAUCUUUUACUAUCACAUUUUGCAUUAUUGAAUGGUUUCCUGCUAUUAUUGUUACCGAUAUCCAAUCUAAAACGUUAUUAUAUUUAUCUAAUCUGUUGGAUAACAUUGGUUUAUUUAUCUAGAAUUCAAUUGGUUAUCGAUGAAUUUGUACCGGAUUUUUUCGAAUCAUCAUUUCUGGAUGAUCAAAAAUCGAUAUUCAGAAAUUCGGAUCAGGCAAAAAAUCUAUCAUUAUUUUUCAUACAUUUUCUAUUCGAUACGAUACUCAUGUUAAUGUUUCGUGCACCGAAAAAACUUUUUCAAAUUGAAAUCGUUGGUUAUUGCAUCGUUGCCAUUGGUUAUUCGACAAAAAUCAUCGAAAUUGAAUGGUUAAAGAUAUUACAUACAAUAUCCUACGGUAUCGAUAGUUUAACAUUGUUAAAUUAUUUUUUCAAAAAUUUAUCAUCAUUUUUAAUCGAUAUGAAAAUAUUGUUUGUAAAUAUAUUGGAUUAUUGUCGUAUGGAAGAAGAUUUUCUGAAUAUUUUCUGGCAACUUAUCGGACAGAUAUUUAUACCAUUUCAUUUUUUUCUAUUUUGGACAAUAACAAUUUUAACAAAAAUUUAUUAUUUACAAAUGUUUUCAACGAUAAUGGUUAAUAAUGCCACCGCAAUGACCAACAACAACACCGACAAUAAUAAUUUAACCCCGAAUGAAUCAAAUAAUUUGGAAUGGAUACCAUUAUUAUUACAAAGUAUAAGUUUAAGUCCAAUAUCAUUACUAUCGACAUCUAUUACUGUAACAUAUAUUUCUUGUUUUAUAUUGAAUAUGAUAAAAUUCUAUCUAAAUGUUGGUAAUAAUAAUGGUGGUGGUAAUAAUGUGGAUGUUUUUCAUCAACAACAACAAAAUAAUAAUCCUCAUCAACAACCAAAUCAACAAUUAAAUUAUCGUGAUCAUAAUGGUUGGGAAGAAGGUAUAACAACCUUAUUACUGACAACAAUAAUAUCAUUUAGUGAUAUAAAUGAUAAACAACGUUUAGCAAUAAUGAUUAUUAUAUCAUUUAUAAUUAUAUCAAGUCUUUUACAAUCAAUAUUAGAAAUAUCUGAACCAUUCAUUUUGUCAUUGAAUUCUGAACAAAAUCAUAAUCAUCUUUAUCAUUUGAAAAUAUUUUCAUUAUGUGGUUGUUUAUUUUUUUUACCAUUUUAUAUAACAAAUAUUUAUUCGAAAAUAUUUCCAACAAAUUUUUGGAUAACAAUUGUUUUUUCAACUAGUCUUCUGAUAUCGGCACGUGUUUUAGAUUUAAUUAUUAUACAUUGUUUAUUUUGGUGGGAUUCUUAUCGACAACAACAACAACAAUCAAAACAACAACAAGAAUCAUCCGAAUAUUUAGAUGAUUUAAUCUAUUUUAUAAGAUUUACAACAAAAUUUAUUGAAUUUUUUAUAUCAAUAAGUGUUGUUUUUGUUGGCAUAUGGGAAACAUUAGAAAAUCAUUCAAAUUUCCUGAAUAUAAUCAUAUUAAUAAUGCAUAGUUAUUUUAAUGUUUGGCAACGUAUUUUGAAUGGUCUGAAAAGUUAUAAACAUUGGCAACAAGCAAAUUGUGUUGUAAAUCAUUUACGUUUAGUUAAUAUUGACAAUGGUGAUAAUAACGAUAAUGUUGAUGAUGAAAAGAAUUUAGAUAAAAUUAAUGCUGAUGAUUUAUGUACAAUUUGUUAUAAUGAAUUAAAAUUAACAAAUUUAAUUAUUAUUAUAACCGAUUGUAAACAUUUAUUUCAUCGAAAAUGUUUAAAAAAAUGGUUAACAAUACAGAAUCGUUGUCCAUUAUGUUCAACAAUGAUUAAAUGAAUUUCGAAUUUGAUUGAUUGAUAAUUUCACAACAAAAACGAUGUGUAAAACAAAAAAAAA